CGAGGGAGCCCCGCGGCGGCGCGCGCCCGAGGCAGCGGCCCGCCAUGGCCGGGGUCAGCUACGCGGCGCCCUGGUGGGUGAACCUCCUGCACCGGCUGCCCCACUUCGACCUGCGCUGGGAGACCACCAGCAGCCAGUUCCGGCCCGAGGACACCGACUACCAGCAGGCGCUGCUGCUGCUGGGGGCCACCGCGCUGGCCUGCCUCGCCCUGGACCUCCUCUUCCUGCUCUUCUACUCCUUCUGGCUGUGCUGCCGGCGGCGCAAGAGCGAAGAGCACCUGGACGCCGACUGCUGCUGCACCGCCUGGUGCGUGAUCAUCGCCACGCUGGUCUGCAGCGCCGGCAUCGCCGUGGGGUUCUAUGGCAACGGGGAGACCAGUGACGGCAUCCAUCGGGCCACCUACUCGCUCCGCCACGCCAACCGCACAGUGGCAGGGGUCCAGGACCGCGUGUGGGACACGGCAGCCGCCCUGAACCGCUCGGCGGAGCCUAGCCUGCAGAGCCUGGAGCGGCAGCUGGCUGCGCGGCCAGAGCCCCUGCGUGCGGUCCAGCGGCUGCAGGGCCUUCUUGAGACGCUGCUGGGCUACACAGCUGCCAUCCCCUUCUGGAGGAACCCCGCCGUGUCGCUGGAGGUGCUGGCUGAGCAGGCCGAUGUCUACGACUGGUACAGGUGGCUGGGCUAUUUGGGCCUUCUGCUGCUUGACGUGGCCAUCUGCCUGCUGGUGCUGGUGGGCCUCAUCCGCAGCUCCAAAGGCAUCCUGGUUGGGGUCUGCCUACUGGGGGUCCUGGCCCUGGUCAUCAGCUGGGGCGCCCUAGGCUUGGAGCUGGCCGUGUCUGUGGGCUCCAGUGACUUCUGUGUGGACCCCGACACCUAUGUGACCAGGAUGGUGGAGGAACACUCGGUGCUGAGUGGGGACAUCCUGCAGUACUACCUGGCUUGCUCGCCCCGUGCCUCUAACCCCUUCCAGCAGAAGCUGUCUGGCAGCCACAAGGCGCUGGUGGAAAUGCAGGACGUUGUGGCUGAACUUCUGAAGACGGUCCCCCGGGAGUACCCGGCCACCAAGGAUCCCCUGCUCCGAGUCCAGGAGGUGCUGAACGGCACAGAGGUGAACCUGCAGCAUCUUACUGCCCUGGUGGACUGCCGUAGCCUGCAUCUGGACUACGUGCAGGCCCUGACGGGCUUUUGUUAUGACGGCGUGGAGGGCCUCAUCUACCUGGCCCUCUUCUCCUUCGUCACAGCCCUCAUGUUCAGCUCCAUCGUCUGCAGUGUCCCCCACACUUGGCAGCAGAAAAGAGGCCCUGACGAGGAUGGGGAGGAGGAAGCGGCCCCAGGGCCAAGGCAGACACACGACAGCCUCUACCGUGUCCACAUGCCGAGCCUGUACAGCUGUGGCAGCAGCUAUGGCAGUGAGACCAGCAUUCCAGCUGCGGCCCACACCGUCAGCAAUGCCCCUGUUACCGAGUACAUGAGCCAGAACGCCAACUUCCAGAAUCCACGCUGUGAGAACACCCCCCUCAUCGGGCGCGAGUCCCCGCCGCCCUCAUACACCUCCAGCAUGAGAGCCAAAUACCUCGCCACCAGCCAGCCUCGCCCCGACUCCAGCGGCAGCGGCCACUAGACAGCCCCGGCCGGCCACCCGCCCACGUGCCAAUCGCCCUGCUCCUCCCUGUGCCAGCACUGCCGCUUACACCCGUGACCACCCGCCGGACCCUCCGCACCUUCACCAGGCCUGCUGCAGGCACCCUCGCGGCCGCUCGCCCUCCCCUCCCCUUCCCACAGGGGCCUGGAGAUGCAGGAGCUCUCCUCGGGUCAUGCACCCGGACCAGGGCAGCGAUGCCACCAAUGCUGGGCCCUCCAGCCCUCACUCCCCACACCCCUCCACCUCUGAGGAUCUGGGUUCGCCGAGCCCUGCUCGGGGCUGAGCUCAGUGCUGUGUCCCCGACACUGUGCAGCACGCCAACCCUGCGGACCCCCAUCUCGGCUCACGCCCCAGCCUGCUCUCUCCCUUCCGCAGCUCCGAUGCUUCUCCUGCGCCCUCAAGGCUUCUGUGCGUCACUUGGUUCACAGGCUGUGCAGCACCCCCUCUGCGCCAGGGAGCUGGAGGGGCCUCGGCGUGCACCUGCCCGGUAGGCUCCUGUGCAGGAAGUUCCCGGGGAGCUCCUCUUUCUCUCACUCCACCUGACCACAGGCCCCCUCCUGCCGGUUGCCAGAAGCCUCCUGGGGAGGCCCCCAUUUCUCUGCCUCCCACCCAGCACCGCUCUCUCCCCUAGCGCCCACCCUGCCCGUGGAGCCCAGCCGUCCACAGCGGCAGGAGGACGGCAGGUGCCACGCCGAGCCCAGGCUGCACCCCCCAGGGCUGGCCAUGUUCUUGGUGCCAAACCCCUCCCUCACCCCAGGACUUGGCAGCUCGUCCGGUUCAUUUUUGCACUAACCACAUUUGUCAUCCUAGGGCAGGCGGGGCUGCGGGCCGAGCAGCGCUCCCUUGUCAGCUCCCUCUCUGUCCAGGACAGGCGCAGUGUCCCGAGUCCGGCCUUGGGGCUGGACCCGAGCUGGCUGUGAAUGUGCCCUCGGCCCCUGCCACCCCUCUUGGGACUAACCACUAACCUCACCUCUGCGAGCGCCCCUGGCCGACCCCAAGCCGAAACAUGUAACCCCUAGUCCAGGCCAGAGGUGAGCCUAGGACAACCGGCUGGGAGUCGGGCUGGAGUAGCCGUUUUCUUCUUGGGGUGCUGCUGGGGAAGGGCUGUAGACUGACAGGCAGCCUGAAAGCCUGGAGACCUGUCCCUGGGCAGGUGCUGCCCCAGGACGACUGUGUCCUUGGGAACCAAUGUCCCUUGGGCUGUAGGACCGAGGUCCCUGCGGCCUCAUUCUUCCUACCUGUGAAGUGGGAGCAAGGCUUCCCUAAGGUGCUUUGGCUUUAGUGUACAAUGUUUGCUGUGUUUCCUGCCGUGGAGGGUGUGCCACCGGCAAGUCAGGAUGGGAAGUCCCCUGCCAGUCUCAGCCCUGGCCUGGCCAGCCUGAAACAGAGAGGCUCUGGCCUGUGUGUCAGGCCAGGGGCUGCGGAGCACCAGCCAGCAGCCAUGAGGGAGGGCCCGGGCCAGGGUCCUCCAGUGGGAAGCAGGCAACUGGCCAGGCCGCCUACGGGCAUGUGGGCUCUUCCUUCCAGAGCGGGACAGUGCCCUUCCCUGGGACAGGCCUGGGGAGAUGCCACCUGCCCCUCCUCCACGAUCCUUUCUCUGUGCUGGUAUCUGGGACCAAAAGGGCAGGUGGGCUGGGGGCCAGGCCACAUCUGCCCCACUCCUGGGGCCACCUCCGCCCCUGGGAAAGGAGGGGAGUGAGCAAGCAAACACGGGGUGCCCCAGGUGGGCCUGGGGCCCUGAGCCUUGCAUCUGAGCCCGUGGGCGUGGCCAAACCUCACCGCAGGGCCCUGUGUGCCCCAGGCCUCCCCGGCCAUUGCGCUGGGCCCCCACGGCAGGCCUGCCCAGUGCUCCCUCCGGGCUCCACCAGUGGCGAGAGCGUCCCUGGCCCGGCGUCAGGAGGGAGGCCCCAGCAGUCCUGCCUGGUCCCUGCCGUGCGCUCUGUCGCUGCUCAGAAGCACAAAGGCUGCCCGCGGCCCUCAAAGGCCGCCCGCAAUGUGAAUGUACAUAGCAUGAGAGGCGGGCGCUGCCUGGACAGGCUGUGGACCUCGGCCGUCCUGGGAGUCCCCACCGUGCGUCGUAUGCGUGUGUGCCUGCCCCGUCUGUGACUUCAUCGAGUUCCUUCUACUCACCGAGGUUGAAUAAAGGAAAAGGAGAAUCAUCAGCGGGGGUUCAAACCCAAGCCUCAGUCUGGAGGGGAACAGGUCCCGCCAUUGGUUUUCUUUCUGAGUUUUCAGGGUCCCCUUCCCCCCCAUCCCAGUGACCUGUCCACAUCCCUCCCCGGCCUCGCUCCCUGCAGGCCCUGCAUCUGGGGGGCGGCCCUUGACAAAGUGGGUGGCAGGUGGGAGGGAGGACCACCAGGGGCCUUGGAGCCUCAGAGGGUCCAGCUGGCUCCCAGGCCCGGACAGGCUGGGCAAGUAGGCAGGGGCCAGCCGGGACAUCUGGGCCAGCAUCCACCCACCCCAUCUCACUAUGCAAUUCCAGCCCAAGCACCAUUUCCCGCGGUACCCGGGACCCCUGCCCAGCCCUGUGGGAGGUGGGUAGCCUCCCUGGGCCCCUACCAAGGGGCCAGGGCCUUCUGUUUAACCAUAAUGGUUGUGUGCUGUACCAUUUUGUUACAUAUAACAUAUAAGUCAAUAUAAUUUUGUUAAGACUCCAACCCUUCCAAUUCCCCUCCCAGCCCUGGUACCCAUUCCCCAGUGUGAUUUAGGGCCCUGAGCGGGAAGGGGGUACUGAGGCCUGAACCACUCGGCAUCUUCUUCCAGCAUCUUCCUCCAACCUCUGUAGGGCCAUGGCUGUAUGUGCUGUCGCUGUGUUUUUUAAUUUUUUGUUUUUGAUUUUUAACUGGGUUUGGGGUUUGAUUUUUAUUUCUUUGGGGGCUUUAUUUUUCUUGGCAGAUAACUAAAAAUCUCGUCAAUGUAAUUUCUGUGGUUUCUAUUCAGCUUGGGUUUCAUGUUUUAAAAUAAACAUUUUAAAAAACAA